AUCUGUUUGAGAUCCAGGCGUAUACUUGGAAUUCACUCAAAACCAUUAUCGGGAGGGCUGGAUCCGUUGUCGACGGUUAAACGCACGGAAAAGCGAGUUUAACGAAGGAAAUGUAACUUUUUUUAAACACUUCCCGUUACCUGUUGUGAGAGUUUCAGUUAGAGUAGAGAAAGCAGAAGUGGGAGGUGGAUGUAACGUUAUUUGGGGAACAAAAAGAAGAAAAAGGGGACUUUCGUGGCGUCAGAGAUUUGUUGGCUCUGUGACAGUUAUUGCUGUAACACAAUUUGUUGCGCGAAACCUCAUAAAAUGUCGCCGAGAUUAGAGUUUCAUGUCAUUUUUUGGUGCGUAGCAGGUGUUUUGGCUUCCUACGCCCAAGAGUGUGGUCGACCGACCAUAGUGGAGAACAGGAUUGUGGGAGGGAAUGACGCCACAGAUGGGGCCUGGCCGUGGCAGGUGGCUAUCCAGUCAGGCACUGUUCAUAUCUGUGGAGGCUCCAUCAUCACAAAGGACUGGAUCCUCUCAGCCGCUCAUUGUUUCCUCAAUCCAUCCGACGUGAGCGGUUACAUUAUCUACACUGGCCGGUACCAGCUGAAUGGCUUCAACCCGCACCAGACAUUGCAUCACGUGAGCCAGGUGGUGGUCCCGUCCGGUUACACUGACCCCAACCAGGGCAAGGAUUUGGCGUUGGUGCGACUCUCCAACUCGAUAACCUUUUCGGAUUAUGUCCGUCCCAUCUGCUUGCCUGCCUCUAGCACGCUGUUUCCAAGUGGCAUGAUGUGCUAUGUCACCGGCUGGGGAAACAUCCGGAAUGAUGUCCCUCUGUCAGGCAUCGGGACUCUGCAGGAAGUGCAGGUGCCAAUCAUCUCCCAGAGUUCAUGUCAGGAGAUGUACCGGACGAACCCGAAUGAGCAGGUGGACAUCCUGUAUGACAUGAUCUGUGCUGGAUACCAGGAGGGCGGCAAGGACUCCUGCCAGGGUGACUCAGGAGGGCCUCUUGUCUGCUCCAUGGUGAAUGGGACCUGGGUGCAGGCUGGGGUGGUGAGUUUUGGACAGGGCUGUGCUCACGCAAACCAGCCAGGUGUGUACACCAGACUGACCAGCUACUCCAGCUUCAUCAGCAACACGGUAUCAGGGAUCCAGCUGUAUGGCCGAGCUAAUCAGAUCUGGUGUGGGAAGGCUGCCAUGUUGGUCAGCUUUCUGUCCACUCUACUGGUCCUGCUUCAGAGGUAGAACACUUUGAAAAUUGGAUUUCUGGAAGGUGGAUCACAAACCAGGCCAAAUGAAGGAGAUUAAUCCUAUGUCUGACGUGUGUCCAAAGUUAUCCUGAAUAGUAAAGCUAAACGUAUCUUACGUGCACAUGAAGCCACACUGAACAUGAAAUGUAAUAUAAUCUUCAUUUUUAGAACUUAAAGUCUGCAUUAUGAUUUUUGAGUAAAAGCAGUUUUGAUAGGUUUGUAUUUUAAAUCAGAAUUAUGAACUAAAUAAAUUAUGUGUUCUGUAUUUGAAAUAAAUUGUUAAUUUGA